AAAGACACAGAAACAGAAAGAGAAAGCAAAAGAACAUCUAUUGCUUCUUCUUCUUCUUCUUCUUCUUCUUCUUCACAACUUCGCCUCCCGAGAUAUGAGAGUGCCGCCAUCGUCUCCUCAGGACAACCAACCUUCGGACACGAAAUCUGCAUCUUACAGCAACACCACGACAAACCAAGCCGACAAUACUAACAGCACGACUGCUGUAAACGCAGGGAGGACUCUCGGCUUCGGCGAGCCCACCUCGGUGCUCGACCUCCGCGGAAGCCCCAGCCCCGCCGCCAUCGCGGAAAAGCCUCCGGUGGAAGUUGCGUCGUUGGUAUCCGUCGGAGGAGGUAACACCGGUCAGGUCUCCGAGCAGUUUCCGUUGGACGACCAUGUGAUGCGUUCCAUGGAUUGGGAUUCUAUCAUGAGGGAAUUGGAGUUAGAUGACGAUUCUGCCCCUGCCCUCAAGACCAGUUUUGCCGCUGCUGCUGUUCCGACACACUACGGCGUCGAUUCCCAGCUUCAUGGUUUUCCCGACCAGCUGCACCCGGUGGAUUUCGGGUCAUCCGAGGUCUAUUCGGGUAAUCCGGUCGGAGUUGGUUACGGGCUCAAUUCCGUCGAUGGUUCCGACGGUUUCGUUAAUGGAGGAUUCGAUUUCAUAGAGGACCUGAUCCGAGUCGUUGACUGUGUUCAAUCAGAAGAGUUACAGCUCGCACAGGUGGUACUGGCACGGCUUAAUCAACGUCUGAGAUCUCCGUCGGGGAGACCCCUACAGAGAGCUGCCUUUUACUUCAAGGAAGCUCUCGGGUCGGUUUUAACCGGUUCUACCAGGAAUCCGACCCGGUUAUCGUCGUGGUCCGAUAUUGUUCAGAGGAUCCGAGCGUACAAGGAGUUCUCUGGAAUCUCACCGAUUCCUCUGUUCUCUCAUUUCACCGCGAACCAAGCGAUCCUCGAUUCGCUGAAUUGGCAAUCUUCGUCGCCAUUCGUCCACGUGGUGGACUUUGAGAUCGGAUUCGGUGGUCAGUACGCGUCGCUUAUGAGAGAGAUCGCCGAGAAAUCUUCAGAAAACGGCGGAUUUCUGAGGGUCACGGCGGUGGUUCCGGAGGAGUUCGCCGUCGAAACGAGGCUCGUCAAGGAGAAUCUCGCUCAGUUUGCGGCGGAUCUGAAAAUACGAUUCCAGAUCGAGUUUGUCCUCAUGAGAACCUUCGAGAUGUUGUCGUUUAAGGCGAUCAGAUUCGUGGAGGGAGAGAGGACCGUCGUUCUGCUCUCUCCAGCAAUUUUUCGUCGCCUGACAGGAAUCCCUAGCUUCGUCAACGAUCUCCGGCGGGUAUCCCAGAAGGUAGUCGUCUUCGUAGACGGAGAGGGAUGGACGGAGACGGCCGGAUCCGGAUCGUUCCGGCGAGAGUUCGUCGGUCUUCUCGAGUUUUACACGAUGGUGCUGGAUUCGCUCGACGCCGCCGUGCCUCCAGGAGAGUGGACGAAGAAGAUCAUAGAGGCGUUCGUGCUGCGGCCAAGGAUUUCGGAAGCGGUGGAGGCUGCGGCAGCGAGGAACGCCGGAGAGAUGACAUGGCGGGAGGCGUUCUGCGCCGCCGGGAUGAGGCAGAUCCCGCUGAGCCAGUUCGCUAACUUCCAAGCCGAGUGUCUACUGGAGAAGGCCCAGGUGAGAGGAUUCCACGUGGCGAAACGACAGGCCGACUUGGUGCUUUGCUGGCAUGGGAGGGCUCUUGUUGCCACGUCAGCUUGGCGGUUUUAAAUAACCGCACCGCCGGACCGGGCCGGGAAGUGUAGAUUUUUAACCUUUAGUGGGUUGGUUAAAUUAUUAGAAAGGAAUUAUAUCCGUCCCCUGUUUUAUUUUAUUUUUUCAAAUUGGGCUUUUUGGUUUCUCUUUC